AAUUAAAGCAUUGCAAGCUUCUUUAUAAGGUCCAUCCGUCCAUCCGAAUUUUAUACGAAAAACAAGCUUAAAUCUUCGCUGCUGCGCACCCCGUUCACGAACAUGCUCAUGCUAAUCAUCGAUCGUAAUAAGUGGAGAAAGAAAGAAAAUAAAAACAAAACAGAACUCCAUGAAGAUAAUAUCGUACCGUCUAAUAUAGAUACGGUUAAAUAUAUUCCAAAUUUGCAAUCAGAUCGCUUAUCAUAUAAUGAUAGUUGCUAUCAGUGCAAUAAUAGAAAUCAUCAGAACAAGAAGAAUAAAAAGCGCAAUACCGCCGACGACAAUGAAGAUGAUGUUUGCGUAAUUUUAAGAAAAACAAAUAAUAAUGCGCCCGCAACUUUAACAUCACGCUCCUCCACUUCAUCGUAUUACGAUACUAUUCGUCAUCAACAUUAUCAGCAUUGCGUGUCGUCAACUAGCGCAAGUACAACUCAAUCCGAUUACGAUGAUUAUAGUAAUAGUUGGAAUAGUUUAAACGGAAACGGUAACAAUGGCUAUUUGCAAUUGAAUGACAUUGAAUCGUCAUCCUUAAUAGAAUUGUGCAAUCACAAUAAACGUGAAAAACUCAACUCAAAAGUGACUUGUAAUGGUAGCGGCGCAUUGCGUUGUUCUGAGCAUAUAACACAAAAUGUGGUAUCGGUAGCUGGUAUCCGUAAUGUUAUCUCUUACAUAAGUCAAGAUUUCAAAGAAAUGGAAUAUCUCUUGUCACAACCACAACACCCGCAACAGCAACAACCUCAUCAUCAUCAUUAUCAUCAAUAUCAUCAUUGUCAACGUCAUCAUCAUCAUCAUCAUCAUCAUCAUUAUUAUAAUCAAUUAAAAGGGCAAGAGCAAGAGACCUACUAUCAUCAACCCUACCAACAUAGUUUAGAAUCAAUAUCGUCUUCAACAACUAAAAAAACCACAUCGACACAAUCGUCAUCAUCAUUAUCAUCAUCAGCAGAAUCUGCAAGCUUUGAUAGCAAUAACAGUACAAAUAUGAUGACUACAGCGAAUAGCACUACCAUAUCGAAUACAAUUACGGCUACCACUAAUAAAAUUAAUAAUAGUUUAAGCAUAACACGUCAUGCAAACGGUAAUAAUGCCAAAAAUGUCAAAUUGCAUGACGCCCACCAAAGCAGCAAUCUUGAGUACAAUCAGAGCAACUCUUAUGCGAACAAUGAGAAAACUAAUGCUGGAAAUAUACAAAAUUUAACCAUUUAUCGGCAACCAGCCAAUGCUCGCAAUAAAGGUGGCAGUACACCGCAUCGAACGAAAAUGUCGAAAAAACAGCUCAAAUUGGCUCAAGCCCAACUGGAUAAGUUAACGCAGUGUAAUCUGCAUCUGCACGCUUUAUUUUCGGCCGUCGAACAUGGUCAUUUAGAUAAAGCUCGCACCAUUCUAGAAUCUACAGAUAUAGACGUCAAUAGCAUCAACACAGAUGGUCUCUCAGCUUUAGAUGUUGCUGUACUUAGCAACAAUCGGUCCAUGACCAAAAUGUUACUACAGCACGGUGCUCUAGAAGGCUCACAAUUUGCUGUUGAUAAUAUAGGCACGAAACUAAAUGCUUUACUUAAAGAUGCAGAAUCACGUGUACAUGAGCUAAGCGGUUUAGAGGGUACAUGUCAGCCUACAUAUUCAUCACGUCCCUCAAUAUCAAGCAUCAUAAUCGGCAAUACGGGUUCCUCGGUUUCCGGCUGCACUGGCAACGAGAUUGAAAAACAAAUUGGAAUUUGGGAACGACGUAUUAAAGGUUUGCGUCGCUUACUUUUGGGUUGGGAUCAAGCUCGUCCUCCAGACGCUCCGGCUUCACUGACUGUUGAUGUUACUGGUGAUAAUUCGGUUCAAGUGCAAAUACUAGAACCAUUUGACGGAGCAAUCGCUACUAAAUUCAAAGUGCAAUGGUCGACACGAGCUGAUUUCAGUAAUGUGGUGGGCGAACGUGAACUAAUGGAUUGGUGCAGUUUUCAUGGUACAAUGGGGACACAAUAUCAAAUAAAUGGCUUAACACAGGGACGACGUUAUUUUCUACGUGCUGCCUGCGGUAAUGUCAAAGGUUGGGGUGAUUAUAAAACAUCUGUGCCAGCCAGCGUAAUACCUUCAAGUUGGCGUGAUUUAAAUAAUCGCGAAGAUCGUUAUUUAGGUCGUCAACUUAUUUUAGAUAAUUUAUUUACCGCCGUACGUCUGGCACGUCCCGCGGAUGUUUCAGAGUUAACGCUGGACACCAAUCAAUCUAAUCAAAGAAAAAAUCCUAAAAAGAAAACGACCAUUAAGCAAUUAUUUUCGGUAGCUUCUAAAUUUCAAAAGCACUUACGGAGAGGCAUUCACUUGGCCAGCAUAGUCUACUAUGAAGAUAAAGUGUUGGUCACCAGCGAAGACUCUUUGCCAGUUAUCGAAAUUGAUGAAUCAUAUCCUAGUUCUUUGCACAACGAUUAUCACUGGUUGAUGAAGGUGGCCUGCUCCUGGGAUGAUGUCAAGUCAUUGCGUACCGACAUGGAGCGAAAUUUAACUUCGGCCAAUCAUUUUCGUACAAAGCUAUUGUCGGCCGUUUGUCAAAUGCAGUCCGUUUUAAGUUUCAACGAUCUCGGUCAAUUAUACUAUAAGCCCUUACGAGAUUCUCAAGGUACUGUAGUUCUUAGUUGUAUUCAAUCUGUUAAAAGCCAAAAAGCUGUUUCAAUAUUGAACUCACGUUGGCUGCCAAUCAAUAAGCUACAAAAGAAACUGAUUGCUUUGCAUGAGGAAUACAAUAUUAAUGAAAUUAUAAUAUCGUCCAUAAACGAUGAGAUUCAGUAUCACCAAGCGGCUUUACAGCGUUUAAAUCCGGGCCUGUAUUUGGGUUACCUGAAAUUGCAAUGCUCCAUGGAUCAAAUACAGGUUGUGGUACCAGUUAAAACACCGAACGUCUUACCACAUUGCAGGGUACGUGAAAAUAGUCACAUAACAGCCGAAGAAUGGUUGGUUUUGAAACGCUCGUAUAGCGACGGCGAAUUUAAUAACGGUCGUGGCAGAACUAGUCCCUUAAGAAUCUCUUUAGAUUUUAACACAAAUCCCGAAGAGUCCACCGAAAUACAGCGAUUAUUUUUGUACGAUUUAUCAUCUGCCCUACACAAAUUAUUCAGUUACAUGAAUAUCAAACCCGAAGAGGCUAGCACCCACCGUCUUUAUGAUGUCGAAGUCAUAGAGCAUAGUAACGAUAUCAGUUUUCUUAUCAUAUGUCCGGCAGUAGAGCUGACUUGUGCUGUGCCCGGUCAAUCGGAAUUGUUGUUACAAAGAGACGAUUUAGCUAGCCUUAGCGUCCAAGCAUUUGAAAUGAUACACUUGCUCACCUAUCAACCCGGUAUUAUACAAAAAUAUGCUCGUCUCUCCUGUAUACUGGAAUUAGAUACCGCUUUAGCUACUCAAUCACAACGAGAAGCAUUCGCCAGCAGUGAGUUGCAAACAGCUAAAGAGAGACUGGCCAAAUUACAAGAGUUAACUAAUAGUUUAAAUGCCGUUUGGAAAACUGUACGUUGGUUGAUGGAUGUUAUAUCUUUUGCUCGCGAUAAAAACGCUUCUUCUUCAACGAUUAUUAGAGAAAUAUUGGAAUUCGCUCAUCACUCCGAUGAUUUUCAUGGCGACAAUUCGCAGCUCUUGCAACCGCCGUUAAGAGAUGUAAAAUUUAUUAAAUCGGGUUCGGGUAGAGGUAGUUGGCCAGGACCCGGCACUUUAACGAACGAUGAAAAUCAAAGACACUUCGGCCCUGAGCAUUCCAAAUCUGAACAAAAUUUGGAUACAAAACAUGGCACAACGUCUUCGUCUUCCUCAAAAUUCGAAAAUACUCAAAGAAAUACUCAAGAAUCUCAAACGGAAAUAAAUUCUUCGAAUUUGUUACACAUUGGCGAUGAAUUCAAAAUUGCUGACGUGCCGUUGCGUAAAAAUAGCGGCGAUUCUGCCACUUCCCAAUACACUUCGCGCAGUUUUUAUUCGGCUGCUAGUAAUAGUGAUUUUGACCAUAUGUUCAAUAUGCCACCGUCAAGGUCGGAUGACACUCUAUCGGAAGCUGCUAAGCAAACCUAUAAAUCUCUACUCCAUCGUAAAAGAACGAGUUCUAAUAUUAUAUCAAUGUCCACACCAAUUACACCUUCUAUUACGGUGCAUUCUUCCAAUUCAGUGCCGUACUUAGCUAGAGAUUCCGUCUCCAUGCAAGGUUCAAGCCAUUCCCUAAAGAGCAAUUUUAAUAAUGUAAGCGAUAAUAAACAAGCCAAAGCAAGCGAAAAAUUAAAAUCGGCUUCAAGUGUGAGUUUAAGAGACGGCGGUAUCUAUCUAAAAACGACUUUAUCCGCGUUACAAACCGAAAUGAAAACUGCUGUACCCAUAACUGGAGAAUCGUCAAGUCCGAAGGCAGCAUCAACAAAAAGCCUCCCUCGCCAAUCGAGCAGUGAAGAAUAUACAGCUGCCAGUUGCCCUACUUUGGCAUCUGAACAAACAGCGAACGUGAACACUAAUCCAUCAGGCAUUAUUCAAGUGUAUACUGCUUAUGACACCGGCUUGGCAAGCGGCACCAGCCUUAAACUACAUGUUACUGCCAAAACAACAGCACGUGAAGUUAUCAAUUUAGUUGUUAAACAAUUGAAUAUGGCGGCUGCAUUAAAGGGCAGUAACGGUCCUAUUUAUACCAAUGACAUGUUAAACGAUUUUUGCCUAGUCGCUGUGAUCGGAGCGCGUGAACGUUGUUUGCGAGAUGAUUUCAAGCCAUUGUUGCUGCAAAAUCCUUGGAAAAAGGGUCGAAUGUAUGUACGACAAAAACAUGAGCUUCUAGCCGCCAUUGAACAUUCAAAUCGUAAAUCACAUUUGAUUUAGGGAGAGAAAAAUCGAUAUUGGGGUUAAACACAGAAAAGUCCACUAAUUUGCACUAAGGUAAAGUAAAAAAAAAAAAAAAUUCAAAACUAAUCAAAAUGUUUGUGAAACAUUCGAAAUCCCUUCCUUUAAAGAAGGCGUUUCUUACAUUUUUUUUUUAAAUGAUGAUUUACUCUAAACUACACCAGCUCUCCUAUAUAAAAUCAAUUUCUAUAUAAAGCAAAUUUAUCAAAUUAAACAUAAAAAUUCAUAAAGUAAUCUCUUUCAUAGGAAACUUUUAACUUGUAUACUUUAACUAUAUCCAAAAAAAAAAAAACUAAUCUAAAAACAAAUAAUAGCUUUAUACGUAAAGUCAAAAUUCUGAACAAAUAUAUUAUAUUAAAUUUUCGAAAACAUUCAUACCGAAAGAUGUAUAAUUUGUUGUGCCCGACCUAAAAAUUGUAUUGAACAAUUAGAGUUUCAAAAAGAAUGCGUUCAAAAAACCAGAAACGAAAAUAAUUAUGAAAAAUUUGCAUAAUUAAAUAAAUUCUAAAAAAUAAAAAUGUAUAAAUAAAUAAAAUUACAUAUAAAAUAAAAUAAUAAUCUAAAAAGAGAAUAAUUCGAAUAAAAAAGUUGCUUAGGCCGAAUAUUUGAAUCAUCGGGUCCUCAUUAGCUAUCCUCCUAAUAUGAAUCUUACUCCAAAUGGUUUUCAAAAUAUCUGAACUAGUAUGGCACAAAAAAGAAAGAAUCAUUAGCAAAAUGGAUUUUCUUCGAAACAUUUAAAUUUAAUAUUAUCUCUAAAUUGAUUAUUAAUUAACUAAUAUAAAUAUUUAAUAAUAGAAAAACAAGUUGCAAUUUGUAAAAGCCAACUAAGAAAGACUUCGAGCCACUUUAUUUUCAAAAGUCCACAAAUCACGUAAGCCAAAAUUUGAAUUUUCACAACAAACUCAUUAUCACUAACCCAGUUAGCUCACUUUUGACCCCAAUGGCUUCGUUAAUCUGCAUUUUACCAAUUUUUGGAAAAAUCACUGAAAAUUUUUUUACAUAAAACGUUCCAGUCAGCGAACAAGCUCGCAUCCCAAUAACCGCACGCAAACACCCAGACACUACUGUUAGAUGCCCAACAACAACAACACGUCUAUUUUAUAAUCUUUAUAACGCAUAUUUCUGACCGUUCCAGAUAAAAUAGCAACUGUAUAGGAUGUAGGUAUAACAGGAGCCUACAAGCGAUUUAGAGAAAAAAGUGUCCGCGAAUGCAAUGAAAAAUAAUGUAUUCUUUUAAAUCAUUUUGUAAA